GUUGUGCGAUGCGUAUCCGGAUUGAAGUUGGCAGCAGAUCAAAGGGAUCCAAGUUCUGCGCUUUGUUCAGCUUUGUUGUUUGUCGGUUGGUUUUUCGGACCUGGACUGGCUGUCAUUGGAAGUUGGAGAAAGUUUCGUAGGUUGUACUGGUCUCUCUUCCUCCAACAGUUAGUUCUUUGCUUGGUUGUACUUCAGUCGUCUCCCGUCGAGCAGUGUGUAAUUAUUUGCUUGUUUAAUAAUAUCCUCGUUCGUCCACGCGGUUUAAAAAUACCACUCGCACACCGAAAUCAGCAACGAGAGAAGCUCAUCUCAAUGGAGGGCUGUUGCGCCGUCGAACGUGAAGUUGAUAAGGUCACGACCAAGUUCCAGAGCAUCAACGAGCAUGCAGGUCGCACUCUCCAGGAUCUCGUCCUCUAUAUUGAAAAUCUCAAAGUGGAAUUAGAAAAUGCACCGGAAGACCAUGAGCUUACGAUCGGCCAAAAGGAUUUGCUUGCUGCGGCAAUGUCGAAGGUGAAGGAGACGAUCUCGCGUUUGGCUACUGAUCACAGGGAUCUGCACGGAACGGUGUCCAAGGUGGGCAAGGCCAUCGACAGGAACUUCGUGUCCGAUUUCGCAGCAACCAGCCGCGAGGAUGUCUUCGCCGGACAAGAAAAGCUCGAGCUGAUCAACAAGGUCAUCUGUCAGCAUUUUUACAGGCAGGGAAUGAGGGAUGUUGCCGACGAGUUGGCCAAGGAAUCCGAUCUGCAGGAUGUCGAGUUUCAAGAGCGUGAGCCGUUCACGGAGCUGAAUCACAUCCUGGACAGUUUGAAGGAUCGAAAUCUUGAGCCGGCGUUGGCUUGGUCUCUGGCCAACAGGGAAGCGCUGUACGGCAUCGAGUCUUCGCUCGAGUUCAAGCUGCAUCGACUCAGGUUCAUCGAGUUGUUGAAGAAAGGUCCCAACCAUCAGACUGAUGCCAUAACGUACGCUCGCACUCAUUUCAGGCAGUUCGUGGAUCGUCACGAGAAAGAUAUACAAACGUUGAUGGGAAUGCUGCUCUUCGUGCCGAACGGUAUAGGGACGUCACCGUACGGCGGUCUCCUGCUCGAUUCAGAGAUGUGGAUGGACGUUUACGAGGUGUUCACGAAGGACGCAUGCAGGAUGUUGGGGGUCAGCGUUCACAGUCCUCUGAGCACCUGCGUUAAUGCUGGAUGCACCGCCAUACCUGCGUUGCUCAAUAUAAAGCAGGUUAUGAUGCAAAGGCAGGUUGCUGGCAUUUGGAAUGGCCGCGACGAGUUGCCGGUAAGAGUGGUCACCGCAAACUAUCAGUACAUUGUUUUUUUACGACAUCCGUGUUUGAAGAUCGAGAUUGAUUUGGGAACAGAAGCGCGAUAUCAUUCAAUGUUCGCCUGCCCCAUCCUCAGGCAGCAGUCGACAGAGACGAAUCCUCCGAUGCGACUGAUCUGCGGCCACGUCAUCUCCAAGGACGCCCUGGAUAAGCUGUGCACGGGCAACAAAAUGAAGUGUCCGUACUGUCCAGUUGAACAAAGUCCGAAUGACGCGAGGCUAAUAUACUUUUGAUUCGAGAUCUCCUCUGUUCUCUUUCAUUAUUCUAUAUAUCUAUCGUUUUACAUAAGCAAUAGGAUGUUUCUUUUUUCGUUGGUUAUUAU